GGUGACAGCUACUAUGCUAUUCCAUGCCAUGAAGAUGCAGUGCUACAGAAGCUGGUUGUGUGCAGCAUCUCUGGCAGGCGCAAGAAGAGUCCGACAACCACCUAGUGUCAGGAGUUAUAUACAGCACAUCAGCCAGCAGAAAAGUAAGGAGACAUUGCUAGGUAGACCAUUAAGAAACUACCAGAAGAGAUGGAGCAUGUUACAGUCUUGCCAGGCAGUCAGUCACUACUGCACCUCAAAACAACCCACGGAGGGGGAAACCGUUAAGGCACAGUGGGAGCCAGAUGGUGCUACGUCCUCCACCAAAGAAGCUGGAUUCUCCCAUAUACCAGAGAUGCCAUCAGACGCUGAUAAUGCAAUCCAGGAACAAGCCGUAAUGGUGGGAGAAAAUGAAGAUGGAAUGGGGGAGGCUUUACUUGCUUCUGAGGUAGAGGUCUCGAACCAUGAGACUGCUGGUGUGAAGUCACCAACGAAGAAAAAAUGGGCAGCAAACAAAAAAUCUGGAGUGCCAAAGAGCUCUGCCACUGGCACAAACAUAAAAUCUACAUUAAAAAAUCAUGAAACCCUGUUGAAAGGAAUUAGGUCAAAAGUGAAGACUAUUCUCUACCAGGCAGAGGGUUCGGUUGACACUGAGGCAGAAAUCAAUGAUCUCCAAGAGAAAUGUGAUAAGCUUUUCUCUUGGUUAACUGAAGAGAACAAGAAAAUAGAAAUGAAAGAAAGAUCAACAGUAGCCAUGGAGUUUUUGAAGGUAUUGGCUGCUUUUGGCAAAUGAGAAAUUUAUUUUCCCAGAUAACCAGUUCAUAUUUACUUUUUUGAUCCAUGUUUUUUUUUUUAGGUGUGUGGAAUGUUUUAUGGUAUUCUUAAGUUUGCUUGCUUUGUGCACAAAAUAUCAUCAAAAUUAGAUUGGGAUCAUACAUUUAAA